AUGUCCAGUAAUUCCUUGUUGUUUUCUAUCAAUAAUGAAGGUAAAGUUUACGCAUUAUCAACGAGUGGAUCAUGUUGGAGAGAGUUCAUGUACCUUGGUUUGGAAUUUAAGACGUUAUCAGCUGUUCCGCAUUUUCUGUGGGCAGUCGGCGGCGACCGGCAAAUAUACCUUCACGUACACGGAUUAGAAAUACCUAUACGCGUAAAAGAAGAAUCUUAUGAGAACGAGAGAUGGUUGCCUUUGGAAGGCUUCAGUAGUAGACUUCUACCUACAGACAGGUACCAUUUCUCAUCUCAGGAUGGCACAAAGGACAGGUGCAUUGAUCGAAUCAGAUUACCUUCUAUGGCUUGGCAGUGGGAGGGAGAUUGGCAGCUAGAACUAACCCUAGAUGGCCAGCCAUUAGAUCAUGAUGGGUGGAGCUAUGCAGUAGAUUUUCCUGCACAAUUUGGGCCUGUCAAAAAAUGGAAGUCCUGUGUGAGGAGAAGGAAAUGGAUAAGAUACAGAAAGUUCAGUGCAAUGAACUCAUGGUGUGCAAUAGCUCCAUUGCAUAAAGAUCCAACACAAGAGCCUUUCAUAGAUAUUAGCAUUGGAGGGAAUCAAAUACCUUAUGCCUCACCAGGGACAUUAUCGGUAUGGGCAAUUACAGCUCAUGGCCGUGUUAUGUACAGAUCUGGUGUCAGUACAACUUCACCUGAAGGUCUAAAAUGGAUGAAUGUAAGUAUUCCACCUAACUGUGACAUCAAACAGAUUUCUGUAGGCCCUACUGGCUUGGUUUGGGCGUUGCUGUGGACAGGAAGGGCUAUUGUAAGGAAAGGUAUCACAAAAGAUUGUCUUACAGGAGAAGCAUGGUUAGAAGUUAAGUCACCAAGUGAAGCUAAACUUACAGUAAUAUCAGUUGGAUUUAAUGCUGUAUGGGCUAUAAGCUCUGAUACACGGGUUUGGUUCCGAAAAGGUGUGGAUGGAAAUUCAGCAGGCUCCUCUGAAGUAUCAGCCAUGGGAAUUGGUUGGUUAGAGAUCACCGGAAAUAUGAUCCACAUAUCAGUGGGAAUCAAUGACCAAGUUUUUGCUAUUGGAGAGAUAGAUAAAUGCAUCUACUGGAGAAGUGGAAUCACACCAGCAGAACAGACCGGCAAGAGAUGGAGAAUGGUGCAAGCCAACAUGCAAUUAAGCCGCACUUCUAGUACAGUUAGUGUGAUCUCCUCUGCCUCUAACAGUAAUAAACAUCACAGCCUCAACACCCUAAAUGAAGCUGCACCAGAGCUGAAGUCAAAUAUUAAUUUGAGGAAUUCUUGGGAGGAAUCUCACUCUGCACCUAUUGAACAUACACUUCCAAUAAAACCUCCAAGAGAAUCCCGACCAAAAGGACAAACAAAUGUUGAAAAUAUAGAUUUAACUGGUAAGAGCUAUGAGACCACUUUGAAGAAUCCUAGAGCAUGGAGUCCAGUAAGGAGUGUAGGGUCAGUUGUUGGCAUGGAAGCACAGCCUGAUAGUGAUAGCAGUGUGUUUGAUGUUGAUUCAGGAAUGUACUUUGAUGAUGAUGUAGGACAAACGGCUUGGGGCACCUGUGACACAACAUGGGCAUUUGUUGAUGCUGGAGCUUGCUCAGUAGAUGUUAUGCAAGUACCACAUUGGUUUACAGAUUCUCAUAAUGUUAGCAAUACAGAUCUUUCUGCUAAAUGGAGACUACAAAUAUUAGACCUGUUAAAGAACAGAAAUAAUACCCAUGACUUAGACAUGUCACAAUAUGGAGUAGCUAUUGAAGAGAAGGGAUGGACUAGAAGUUGUGAAGCCAGAUUAGUUAGUGCUAUUCAUUCAUAUGAGGAUUGCAUUCUAUCCUUAUAUUGGCAUGAACUAGAAAACACUGGAACUUUGUCUGUUUUCCAACCAGAUGGCACAAUCAAAUUUAUUUUAAAUUUGAGAGAAGUGACCUGCAUAACGUCGACAUCAGAGCCAGGAAGUCCCAGAAUUACCCUUUCUAUUCCACAUCAGAAUAAAGACUCCAUUACAAUACAAUUUAUCUCUGAAAUGGAACAGGAAGAAUGGCUUUGUGUUCUUGUGGGUAUUACAUCACAAAUUAACGGACUUUCAGGCAGACCAUCAGCUAAUUCUGUGUGGGCAGUUUCGGGUUCUGGAGACAUACUCAAUUGGGAUCCAAAAUCAAAGCAAAAUCCAGAAAAUGAUUCACAUAUUAAAGAAUUUCAAGUGCUUGGAAAAGACAUUGUGUCUGGUUUUUCAACUGACUUGCACAAUAAUUUUCCUCCUGGCAGCUCUCUUAAACUCACAGGCAGCUUAUUUGAUGAAAUACACAGAUUACAUGUCAACUUACAAGGUCCAGAAGUUAAGAAACAAAGACAUAAAAUAGAGACUGAAGUUACUGAGAUACCAUUCCAUUUUAAUAUUAGAUUUGAUCAGAAUACUGUUGUUUGUAACACAAAGAUUUUUGGCAGCUGGGGUACAGAAGAGCGUCACCCAUUGCCUUUAACCCGUGGUCAAGAAUUUUCUAUAAAGAUAAUAUGUGAUGUUCAAGGUUUUAGAGUACUUCUAAAUGAUAAGAGUUUCUGCUUUUAUGAGCACAGACUCAGUCCAGAAAGAAUAACAACUGUAUCAGUGCUUGGAGCUGUGAAACUAUAUACUAUGGAAUAUUGCACAACUAAUCCAAUCAUAGGACCAGAAGAUAUGUAUUGGCGAUUGAUGGGAGGUUAUUUAAAGAAGGUGGAAUGUUGCCAAAACGGAGUAGUUUGGGGCAUAUCUCAUGAUCAUAGAGUUUGGGUUUACACUGGUGGAUGGGGUGGUGGAGUUCUUAAGGGCCUUGGUGGAAAUGACGGCAUACAUUCAAUGACAGAUACGCAAACCUACUGUGUGUAUGAAAAUCAACGCUGGAAUCCUAUUUCUGGUUAUACAUCAACUGGUUUGCCUACUGAUCGUUACAUGUGGAGUGAUGUAACAGGGAAACUUAAACGCACCCGGGAACAUACAAAAUUGCUUAAUCGCAAUUGGCACUGGAUAUCAGAGUGGAUGGUGGAUUACAACACUCCAGGUGGAGUAGACAGUGAUGGAUGGCAAUAUGCAACAGAUUUCCCUGCUCCAUAUCAUGGCAAAAAAAUUUUUACCGAUUGCGUGCGCCGGCGACGGUGGUACAGAAAGGCACAAGUCGUCACGGAAGGCCCUUGGUCACGAGCAGGCAGCACUGCUUUAUUGGAUAUUACUUUAUGGAGUGAAAAUGACGAAGUCGCAAUCUGGGCUAUCACGUUAGGUGGUGAAGCUAUUUUUCGAACUGGGGUAACCACUGCCACACCUGCCGGUGUACACUGGGAACAUGUAAACAGCCCGCAAGCUCUAGUUGCAAUCAGUAUAUGCAACAACAUUAUAUGGUCGAUUGGUCGAAAAGGAGAACUAUACUAUCGAGAUGGCGUAUCCAAGGAUAAUCCAGGCGGCACUGUCUGGAAGCUUAUAGAGGCACCAAAUUGCAAUAUUCCAUAUGUACAUAAAACAAGUGGAGGCGUUAAAUCUGUUUCGCUGACAAAUUGCGCCGCCUGGGUCGUACUUUCCAAUGGUGCUGUUGCUGUAAGAACUGACAUAACAAAGCAGCAGCAAGACGGCAAGCAGUGGAAGUGUUUGUCAGAUUGCGAAAUGACUUUCAAGCACGUGUCUUGUAUGGAUCACGAAGUGUGGGCGGUGAGUUCCGACGGGGCGAUUCAAAGACGGCUCGGCGUCACCGCAGACAACCCCGUCGGCAUUGCGUGGCAGCGUGUACUUUCCGGUUCAUUUGUACACGUCACUUCAAGAGGUUAUCCUCAAUAACCAAAGACUUUCUAAUACGUUUAGUGCUAACUUAUCCUGAAGUACUCAAAUAAGAUAUUUAUGAGACGGCAGCUCUCAAGAAUUGCGUGUAUAUUGCUGAAAGGCUAACAGCGACCACUUUGAAGGAUUGUAUUAGCUGUUGUAACUAAAUUGCAUAAAUCAUCCAAUCGUGUCGACAGCGUUUCGGAGAAGUAUCAGCAGAUUCAAAAUCUUUAUUCUGUUCGAACCAGAUUGUGGUAUAUGAUAUUCGACGAUUAGGUACUACCGCAAUUGUACAUACAAAAGGAUGAACAUACCAUCUUGCGCCUACAGCGCACCAUUUGCUCAGUGCUCUAUCUCACCUCCUUCGUACUCUAGUGCUCUGCUAACAUCUUGUGGUCGCAUAAUCAUAUGUAUCAUGGGAAGGCGACGGAAUUUAUCGUUCGAAUAUAAAACUAUGUUCAUUUUCAGUAUUGGAUCAUGUCUUAAUAAUACUCUGUAUAAAUGUGAAGGCUGGUUUGUGUAAUUAUAAUUUUACGUACAAAAAUAAUUAUCACACAAACUUAUGAUCUGCUUAUGUUGAUGAAUCUUCCGAAUAAAGUAUUUUUCGAGGCAUUUUUAAAAAUUACGUGUGAUAUUAAGUUACAUAAACAUUCGAUUUAAAACAUUCCUUUUUUCAAUUAAGUUUUAAGGACAAGUUAAUCGUAAUAUUAAGAAUUAGCGUUAAGAGUUUAAUUUUCUAGUCAAUCUUA